AGCACGUCCACAAUUAUAGGUCAAGUGUUUAACCUCCAAAUACAAUGAGAUGUACAAAAGGACAGACAUUAUUUGUGAUCUCCACAAUGGUAUUCUGCUUUGGGAUUUCAUGGUUUCAGAUGGACCUACAUUCACCAAGCUCAGAUAUAUCUGUCCGAGAGAUGUGCACCAUGGGGGAUGUCGCUGACAAAGCCGCCAUUUUGAUCAGCAAUUACUCAAGAGAUCACCCCGUCUUCCUGCAGUUGAACGACUAUUUUUGGGUGAAGAACCAAACUGUCUAUGGGCUGCCGUAUGGUACGAAUGGAAGUGAAUAUUUGCUGAUGACAUUCCUGGCUCUCACAAACUCUUAUCACGUACCACCAGAGAUUGAAAGGUUAGCGUGUAGAAGAUGUGUGGUGGUUGGAAGUGGAUACCGCCUGAGAAACAGUUCACUGGGUGAAGUCAUCAACAACUAUGACAUAGUAAUCAGGUUGAACAACGCGCCUGUUCAUAAAUACGAGAAGGAUGUCGGCAAUAAAACUACAAUGCGAUUCUUCUACCCUGAAUCUGCUAAUUUCAACCAACGUUUAGACAAUAACCCAGAUACACUAAUGGUGCUGGUACCAUAUAAACCCAAGGACAUUAUGUGGAUGAAAAUGAUAUUGAACUACGAGAAACAGGUUCGCAAAGGAUUUUUGAAGACGCCUCGUAUAAUUUGGGAAGCAGACCUUCGAAAUAUCAGAAUCCUAAAUCCUUAUUAUAUGGAAGUCGCUGGAACAAAGAUGCUGAAUCCUGGGCAGGAUCCAAAGAAGCGAAUUAGAGUUAAACCAACCACCGGUAUGCUGGCGAUAACCUUCGCUCUUCAUUUCUGCGACCUGGUUCAUAUAGCGGGAUUUGGAUACCCUGCCUCUACCAAUAAAAAUCAGUCAAUCCAUUACUACAAUAAAGCGACGUUAAAGAACAUGGGUAAAGCUCAUAGUAUUAACGGGGAAGCUGAAUUAAUAAAAACAUUUAUUUGGCACAAACUGAUUCAGAAUUUAACAUAUUUCUGA